UCUUUUUCUAUAUAUUAAAUAUCGGUCUUGAAGAUACUUUUUUUAGAAAAAAUAAAAUAUUUUAUUGUAAAUAGAAAAAAAAUAUGGAUUCUUGGGAAAAUUCAGAUCUAUAUGAAUUAUUAGGUAUAGAGAAAACAGCUUCUAUUCAAGAGAUCAAGAAAGCAUAUCGUAAAAAAGCUCUGUAUUGUCAUCCUGACAAAAAUCCAAAUAAUCCAAAAGCAAAUGAAUUAUUUCAUAAAUUGUCACAAGCAUUAGAAAUUCUUAGUGAUGUAUCUGCUCGGGCAGCUUACGAUAAAGUUAUUAAUGCAAAGCAUCAAGCAAAAUUACGUGCUAAAGAAUUUGAUUCAAAACGUAAGAAAUUGAAAGAAGAUUUAGAAACACGAGAAAAUGCUUAUAAAAUAGAUUCUGAUAUUAGAAGAGAUAAAAAUAAAUUACAGAUUGAAAUAGAAAGAUUACAAAAGGAAGGAUCGAAACAAGUAGAGGAAGAAAUAGCAUUUAUGAAAAAAUAUUUUGAAGAACGAUCAAAGACAUUUCAUAAGGAAUCAGAAAUUGAUACUAGUUCUUAUAAAUUAAAAGUGAAAUGGAAAUCUCGUAAAAGUCAAUCUAAUAAUAAUGAAUAUGAUUAUGAUACAUUGUAUCAAAUAUUUUCGAAGUAUGGAAACAUAACUGCUCUUAUUAUCUCUUCCACUAAAGAAGGCAGAGCAUUAAUAGAAUAUAGAGAAAAAAAUGAAGCAGAAAUGGCUUUAAAUGAACUUGGUUUAGCACAAAAUCCAUUGAAACUUCAAAAAUUAUGGGAUGAACAAAAAAAAUCAAAUAUUUUUAAUACAAGCACUGUUUACAAUGAUAUUACACAACAUACGGUAAAUCAAAACAUGUCAGAUAUUGAAUUUGAACAUUCUGUAUUGAAUAAUUUAAAAAAAGCUGAAGAAAGGAAAAGAUCUCUGAAAAAAUUGAAUGUAACAGAAAGCAUUUGAUUAAAGCUUUUGUAAGCAUUUAAUCCAAUAUAUUAAUUAUUUUAAAUUAUUAAGCUGCAUUUUUCUAUAAAUAUCGAAAGUGUAUUGGUAUAUACAAAUUAAAAGAUAUUGUAGUUUAUUCAUUAUUAUAUUAUAUUAAUUUGUAAAUA